AUGACUGUACAACUCAAAUAUCUUCGUGUUGAACAAUUCGAAUGGCUCUUACAUGUUGUUCAAUACGCAUCUAAUGAAUUAAGAACGAAUGCAUUAAAUAGUGUUCGAUAUGCUGAAUUUUGUCUUCCGAGCUGCCACUAUGGUUUCAACAAAGCAAAUCAUAUUGGCAAAUGUCUUGUGCCUUUUCUUAGCACAUAUAUGCCUCAUUUACAAACUUUACGCCUUUGGCGGCCAGAUGAUUUUCCUUGGACAUCUAUUCAACAUGUAGUCGUCUUUGAACAAGAUCUUUAUCAGUUGGUCAAAAAAUUAAAAGAAUUUAUCUUUCUCGAUAUUUACGGCGAAAUUCAUUAUGAAAAAGUUGAACCUUAUCGUUUAAUGGUUCAAGCUUCCUUUCCUAAUAGUCGAAUAGAUAUUGGAAUAUCAAGAUUUCGUCUUUGGCUUUAA